AAUGUUUGAUGCCGGGGGUGUCCUGAUGUUGCGGUCCUGCGGUGUGAGGUCUAUACAGUGUUAUGUGCUGUAUACGGCCACGGAAUGGACAUCAGCGAAGUUUUUAGGUAACGCUACAACUCCUUCGAAUUAUUAGCUUGCUUAGCUAACGUUUGCUAUCUGCCGUCCGAGUAGGAAACACACGGAAGUUUGUCGGUAACAAAACAAUGUUGGAUAAAACACAUACCGAAGUAAAACCAAAAACUUACACAGACGAGCCCAUUUGAUAUUAAAGCGGCCCUCACGGUCCCAAUAAAGAAGCGGAAUCCUAUCGUGUGGUUCGUUAGCUGGAGACGCUAGCUCACUACUUUACUUUGCCGUCUGGUCUACGUCAUACGCUGUAACGUCUGGGCUCUUUGUUACCUAGCAACGGCAGUGAUAACUGUAUGCCAAUAGAUAGACUUAAACUUUCGUCAGUUAGAUGGCAAAAACAUAAAAAAUUAAAUUGUUUGAUGAAUUUUCAGGGUAAUAAGCGCAGAAUUUAAAGGUUUCACUCCGUGUUGUCAUAUUUUAAACCCUUGCAGAUGUUACUGUGUUGAUGUAGUUAAAGCUGUUUUAUUGGGCAUGCUUUCAAUCUUUUAAUAAAUCACUUUCAUCUGUGUUUACUGCCUUUAAGUCCAGAAAUGUUUCUCACCUAUUGUUAGGUGCACUAUAGCACAGUGAUUUCACCCGAUGUCAGCUAAGCCGACGGCCCAGUUAGCACCCCUGCCAUGGAUAGAGAUCCUCUCAUACUGGUUGCUGUCCUUUGGAUCUCAUCUGUACUCUUUCUACCAACUGCAUUUAUUUUCCAAAGGUAAAGUAGAUGGAAUAUAUAUUUAAUAAUAAUGAAGUGAGAAAAAAAGAUUACGUAAACUUGAUUCUCAGAUAUUUUCUUUUUUUCACUUCAGAACAUGAAGCAGGAUUACAGAGAGAAUUCCAUUUAGAAAAAGGCCUUCUCAAGGGUUUUAAAAAGGUAAGUUUAAUGUUGAAAUUGUUGAAUUUAAGGCCUUUGCUAACCAACGUUUGCACAUUUUAUGCCCCAGACUUAUUUAAACUAAAUACCCCGAAACUUUGACUACCUGAAGCUUGUUUUAUAUGGUUGCAGUAAUAUUUAUGUUGAAGUUGCUUGUUUUCUCAGGACCUCUCUGACUUUGAGUGGAGUUUCUGGACUGAAUGGGCAAAGAAGUCUUUGCUGUGGACUCUAAUUGGUCAUGGUGUAAUAUCAAGAUUAACCAGCAUUUUUUAUCCCAGGGUAAGAGACAGCUCUUACAGUAGUAUGAGUCAAUUAUGGCUAUUACGUGUGAGAUAUUUUGGUCCGGUUUUGAUCUUUGAUUUUUCUCAACAGUUGAAGGUGCCAGCAAUCUCAUUGUAUGGAUUCUUAGCAGCGAGUAGAGUGCUGGGGAUCAAAGGCGUGAAUGUGCUGUUGGUACAUCUUGGACUCUCCUUUCUAGUAGCCCAGCUUCGAAAACCUGCUCUGACAUGGGUCUGUAACCUGCUGCUACUCUCCACACUUCAGAUCCAAUGGCUGCAAGAGAUCCAGGUAAAGAUUAAAGUAGAGGACAGACUCUAAAUAUAAUUUCCCAUUAGUGUUUACAAAAUCACAACCUCAAAUCUGGGAAGGAUUUGGGUGAUUUAGAGCUUCUUGAUGUCUACACUGCUGUACUAGCAUUGUAUACAUUUUCUGUGUAUUUUUUGUGGCUAUUUCACUGUCAUUCAAUGUUGGUAAUUACUUCAGAUCAUAACAAUUUUGCUGAAUGUCAUAUUUUUAUAGAACACAAGGGGGAGCCUGAUAGUAAGGGAAUGUCUAUCUUGUCACUCACCACCCUUAUUCAUGAUCAUACCCUAGAUGAAAGUUGAGUAAAUGUACUGAACGCAUCUAUAGUAAGCAGGUGAAUUCUAUUUUUUUUAACCCUGCGGUCAAGCCUUUAAAUAAACUCUACCUGUGAGAGACAGAAUGAAAAGUGCUCACAUACAAUCCUGAUAUUCUAAAAGACAAAAAAUGUACUGUAGUGAAAAUGUAGGGAAGUGAUUUUCAUAUAAGAUUUUUCCAAACCUAAUUCCUAGUAUUGGAAAAAAAUAUUCGAAUGCCCUAAAAUGAGUUUUAAACCAACUUAGAUUUUAAAUUCAUUUGUACUUUGACUUUUGAAAAUCAAUUCUUCUUAACAAGACACACUCUGGUGGGAUUCAGAGCCCUUUCCUCCAACCUGUCAUCCUUACUCACUCUUAAAAUGCAUAGUGUUUGACAAAUCAAGCAUAGUCACAGUGGUUCAUAAUUUGAAAGUGAAAUAAACAUGACAGCCCUGUGCAUGAGCCCUAAAAGUCUGCCUGAUUUGUUGCUGUUUACCCAAACUCUACAUUGGGAAGUAAUGGUAUUCCUGGUACUGUCAAAAAGGCCUCAUUAAAAGCUGUCUUAAGACUACUGAUAUAAAUACAUGUGCACAUUUUCAGCAGCAGUUUUAUAAAUCUUGGGUGAUGUGUUAAUGCUCCCAUUUUUAUCAGUGCUCUAUUUUGACUGAAGGUAUGGCUUUAAGCAUGAGUCUUAGUUUAGUUCCAAACUGUCACUUUUUAUAAAGAGAUUUCCCAGAAGUGUGUUAAAAAUAAUUGGCGCUUCCUCUGCAUUACACAGAGAAGCUGGUAUAAAACCGAGGAGGAAUACUACCUGCUGCUCUUCAGUGUUGCAGUCUGCGGUCUACGCUUCAUCAGCUUCAGCCUGGAGCAUUGCUGGUGCCCUCCAGACCGUGGUAGAAUUGUGCAGCUCUGCUGGUUGUUUUCAUACACCUUCUAUCACCCAUUCUUCUACAAUGGACCCAUCGUCACAUUUAAAGACUACAUUGAGCAGGUAGGAGAGAUGGCAUAAGCGUCUCUGUGUUCAACUGCAUUUUAGUUUGAAAUUGCCUCUUUUGUUUUGGUCUGGUGGAGGCUGAGGAUGAUUGCUCCCCCUGAGUACAGGUGAUGUCAGAUAUAGUGGACUAUUUAUGAAAUGAUAGUCAGCUGAACUUUUCAAACUUGUUCAGAUAGAUCUACUGUGUCCUUUGCCUAAUGUUGUCAUUCUGUCACUUCUGAAGUUUUUGGGUGAAUCUCUCUAUCCUAUUCUGUCUGUGUUUGUUAUUUUGGCAGUGAGGAUUCAAAAAGCUACCCUCGAAAACAUGCUCAUGUUUUACAUUUUUAGAUGCAGAUGCCUGCUGAGAAGACUGACAGGAACCAAUCUGCUUUUACUUUCGCUGUGCUCAGAUCAGGGCGGAUCAUACUGUGGUGGUGUAUCGCAGAAUACAUGAUUCAUGUAAUGUACAUGCACUCUAUCCAGUCUAAUGAGACCUACUUGGAGAUACUUCCUCCUUGGGCCUUGGGUAAGUCUGGACAUAUUUUUGGCUUUCGAGUUCUGUGUUAUAUGAAGUUUUACCUCAAAAGUUUUUCAUAUACUUCAGACACACGCUGAGAUGCAGAAUCUAGAUGCAUGUUACACUGGCAGGAGUCUGUUGGUUCUAAAAAUCCUUUAAACUUGCUGAUUACAAGCUCACACAUUUGCUUCAGUUCAUAAAUCAGUCAUUGUGAUCUGUUACGUAAUUUUUAUUAUAUUUAAGUCAAAUCGUGUUCAGUAAUUAUUAAGUUGCUCCAAGUUUUUCGUUACCAAAAGUAGAAUCAACUAGAGUUUGUGUCCUCUGUGAAUCCUCAUUGAGUCUCUGAACAACUGGAGCCCUAAGUAGUGGUGUUUGCAUAGCUGUAUGUUUUGGUAAGGAUACUGAAAGGUAACUAUUUUCUGGGCUGUCUCUUACAUCUGGGAAUUUAGAGUUUUUUUCACUUAUGAGUCAUUUCAGUUAUAGUAAGUAUUAAAUCAGUAGCUUUAAUUUCCAUUUAUCAUAAGUCAUCCCCAACUUGUUUUUUUUUUUGUUUGUUUUUUGCCCACAGCACUCCUUAGUUUUUCUUAGCGUCUUAAUUAUAUCAACAGAAAUUAUAUUUACCACUUUCUAACACCUUUUAUGAGCCCUCAGUUUCUUCCAAUUUUAAUCUCUCUGUAGGGCAAACAGUUUGAUCAUAAAAAAGAUGUUUCAAGCUGUACAAAUCUUAAUCCCACCAAGGCAAAUUUUGGGCCGUUGAAAAGACAUUCUGAACUUGAAAUGCAGGAAAUUGUCUUUACGAGAACUGGACUUGUCUUAAUUAAUAAAGUUAGAGAGAAUAAUCUGAUCAUCUAAAAUUUCUCACAGGUGGACUUGCCCUGGCCCUGGUCCAGUUCUUCUUUGUGAAGUAUCUGGUUCUGUUUGGCCUCCCAUCCAUGCUGGCUACUCUGGAUGAACUUGUCCCCCCAAAGCUUCCUCGCUGUGUCAGCAUCAUGUACAGCUUCACAGGGAUGUGGAGGUAAGUUUUAACAGCUUAACACCACUGAGAGAAAUACAGUAUUUUAUUGAUCCUACAUCAUUUUCAACACUUGUGUGACUGGAAAAUUUUGUGUCCGUUGUAUCCAUGGGAAUAGGUAAAUCUAGUGUCAAGUGCCUGAAGUGCUCUCUUCACUCAGGCAAUAAAAUGUAGACUGAACAAGGAGAACUGUUUCAUCGUCUGCCAUUACCGCCAAUCAGUGCAAUAGGUCACCUCUGCACUAAAAUCAUCACUGUAAAUAUUGUAGAGUGUUUUAGACUGUGGAUAGAAUACCUUUUUCUUUGGAGCAUCUUGUCAGUAUAACUUAGUUAGUUUUGAAAGUAACACGAAAAAUGUUAUACUGAAUAGUAUAUCACUAUGGUAAAAAUAUUCACAUAAAAAAAGUUUUUUGGGAGGGGGCUCAGUGGUGUUAUAUGGAAAUUUUAGGCACACACACAAAUGCGUACAUGCACAUACACUAACACACACAUUCAGAAGAACCUUUACAAAGAGUUGACGAAAUGCUGAAGGAUUACAACAAUCAUCAAGCUCAAUUGUGUACAGUCAUGUAUAAUAAGACUAUACCAAGUUCAAGCUGAAGGGGUCACAAUUGCUCAAGUCAAUAGUCACACACACACACACACACACACACACACACACACACACACACAUACACACACACACACGCAUACACACACACACAGACAAAGCACAGUUUGCUGCCUGGGGAUAAAACUCCUUCAUCAGCAAGACUGACCCUAUAAAAAGCUCUCAAAAGACAAGCUACUUUACACUGUUUCGAAAAAUGUUAAUGUCAAGAUGUGUUUGAGUUUAUCACUUCACUCUGAGGGUUGGAUGUACAGCAAUUAGGACAAAGAAAAAGGGUUUGGGCUGAUGUUCUGUAAAACAAGCUGUAAUGUAGACUCAGUUGCCUAUUUACUAGAUACACAACACUGGAACUGUUGUUGUCUAACCCCAAUCUAUUCUGCAUUUAUUUCAGUUAUUAAUGAUCAGUAUUUGCUGAACUGUGGUAAGGGAGUGGUAAUUCACCUGUAUGGUAGUGUUAAAGGCUGCAUGUGUGGACUAUUCCAGACUUCAUUUCUUUAUACCAACAGACUGUAUAUUAAAAUGAACAUCAGAAGAGUUCACUGACUGUGAAGCCAAAAGAUAUAGGGCUCCCCCUGCUGACUGUCUGCUGUUUAGGUUAUUAUACGCACCUCGCUCAUCUUCAUCACAGUUUUUUCAUACUUAUUAAUGUACAAGAGGGCUGUCGCAAUAUUCAGGUAUUGAAGAUAACAACAUUUAUUAACAUAUUGCAUAUUGGUACUGUGUUGAAAUAAGAAAACAGUAAUACCUUGAGUUCAUAGAGGUGGUCCUUGAUGCUUGUUUCCAUGCAUUAUGGGGGAGUGACAGAGGAGUGGCAGACUGCCUGUGAACUGUCUUGAAACAGCUCUCUAAGAGCUGAUUCAGCACUUUAAAAAAAACAAGAUUUCAUGAGUUGUGAAGCUUGUGUCACUUUGAAUCACUAAUCUAAUUGAACUUUAAUACUCUUGGACUUUCUUCUGUUACCAUUCAGUUCCCUAACUCAAUUACAGGAAGUAGCUUAUUUUUCAAAACAAGAGCAUAGUUUUAAAAUGCAUGAAGAAAAAUCGUUCUAUCAGGCAAUGUCUUCUUAAAAGAAGUUUCAGUUACACAGCCAGCGAUGUAGAUAAAUUAUAAUACUUUUACCGAAUUAGAUUCAUGCUUUUUCUCAAUUGUAUUUGCUGUGUUGUUUUAAAUAUCAACUUUUCCACGAAUAUCAUGAUAAUAUGGUUAUCGUGAUAUUUUUUGACCAAGAUAAUAGUGAGACAGUGUGACAGCCCUAAUGUACAGUUUAUUUUCUAUGAGUUACUUGAUGCUACAAAGGGGGGAUGUGAAAUCAUGACUGACAAAUACGACCUCCUGCAGGGUUUUGUUAAGAAGACCUUCCGUGAAUGUUGUGUGAUCAAGAAAAGAAUCUAUGUGUAAUAAAAAUACUGAAAACUACAGCUUUCAAGAUCAUAUUCAAAUACUCUGCAAACAGCAGCCAAUAAAGUGAUGAUGAUUUAAGAUUUGAAGAAGAUACUUUAAAAUAUUUUUAUUAUUUUACAUCUGUUCUGUGACUAUUCAGAUAGUUUCAAUAAACAGUAAUACUGUUAACAUGAGUGAUGAUUGGAUCCAUUGCAGGACUUAUUUCUAAGUGUAAGGGUAUUAGUUUAAGCUUGAUGACUCCAAUAAACCUGCACCUGAGUGUAUGAAAAAGGCUCAGAAAUGCAAUUGAACUCACAAAAGCAAAAAAGUAUCGUGAUUUGGCUAAAGUGGAGUGUUUGACAGUGAGUAAUUGAGCAGUGAGUCAUGGUUGUACUGUAAAAUGACUUGGGCGUAAUGGCAUAUUAAUUCAUUUUCUCAUACAUACUAUGUAAAUAGAUUAACCAAAAUUAAAGGUUCUUUUAAUGUGGAGUGCGUAAAGUCGAGAUUGAAGGAUGUGUGUUUGGUCCUGCGGUAAAACCCCCCUGGCCACAGACAAGAUGGACCAAUGUGCUGACGCCGAUGCACUCCAAUCCAGCCUGUGUGUGCUGAGCUGGCCAGUGUUGACAACAUUGAUGGAAUGCAUAAAGCUGUCCACCGACAUCAUUGACGAAACCGCUUCAGUUUAUAGGCUGCAGGAAAAGAAACCCCACAAAAUGCUUUGUCUAAUCUUCUCAGUGGCAGAUAUACACAUGCAUCCCACAUACUGCACAUGCCUCGCAUAAUAUGAGCUGCAGUGCUCAGGUGUUUCAGUGCUAUAUUAUUAUGUAAAUUUGUGACUCAAAUAUCCUUUUUUGUUCUCCGGCAGGCACUUUGAUGAGGGCCUGUAUCGAUGGCUCAUCAGGUAAGAGGCACUCAAUGAGCGCUGGACGGACUAAUUCAGAUGUUAAUGCUUAUAAAAAAAUGUGAAAUGGCUUUUAAAUCAAAUCCAGCUUUUGUAUCAGAAUAUCUAUUUAUGUAUCUGCCUGUUUCUGUAAGUGUCGUUUUCUGUUUGCCUGCCACUGUGUCUCCCAUUCUGUCUCAUUCAUUUUUCCUGUCCAUCUGGAUAAUAAAUUUUAUCAGUCUGCUUGUCUCCCUAUCAAUCCAUUCCAUGUAUCAGUCUGUCUCUCUGUCUGACCAAUUAAUUCUGUCUGCCUGUCACCCUGGUUUGUUCUCAAUUCUGCCUGUCUGUCUGAUCGAAUCUUUCUGUCUGUCUAACCAUUUCUAACUGUCGUCUUUGACAUAUUAGCAGUAUAUCUGCUUGUCUUAUCAGUUUUUCUUUUUGUCUAUCUGCUUGAUCUUAAAAACUACUACUAUUUGCUUAUCCGUCUAAAAUUUACAGUCCUCUGUUUCUCUACUGGUGUUACUGCUUUAAUCACUCUACACCAGGUGUGUAUGGCAGACUCACUGCCUGUGCAGCACUGAACUUGUCAGUUGUACAACCCAAAAAGGUGCCAUUCUCCUGCUGCCUGCUCACAUCUUUCAUUAUAAUGGACAAGGAUGCUGCAUUUGCAUAUAGGCUUUCUCAUGAUUAUGAGUUUGAAUGUCACUGUGAAUAAUGUUUCUGUUGGGUUACCAUUUCUGUAACACCCUAUAGUAAUGCCUCUUUGUACAAUCUGUGCUUAUGCAGUGAAAGCAUUGUGUGUUUGCUCAAUCACACUUUGGACAACACACAUUGUUAGUUUGCUUACCUUUAAUGAUGCACGCUCGACUGAAUGCAGCCUGUUGGGGGUUUAUGGUACACUUGGUAGAUGCUGGUUGCGACAUUAAGGCAACAGUUGCACGGUUGUCAGAGCUCACAAUGAGAGACUAUGAAAAUGCUCUCUAAUGAAUGUUUGUGUUGACCUGUUUUUCUUUUUGUUACAUCUGCUUUUGGUUUGUUGAAGAGUUUAAAGUGAAAUAUUGUAUAUUAGACCGUAAAAAUGAAUCCAAUUAGUUUACUUAAGAUCCAGAAAUUUAAAAUGCAAAUCCAAGUUUCCAUUUUAGUCCACAUCCAAUGGAAAUUGUUUUCUCCCCCUUGAUGGCAUCACUUGUAAUUAUCCCUCAGCAGAUGCAAAAUGAUACCCAUGACACAAUGCCCUAACGUUCCUUCCUGUGAAAGUGCUCUUAAAGAGGUUUUAAUGCGGUUCUGAAAUUCUGCUGAAAUUGUCUGAAGAGAGCUAGAUGAGUGCGUAGGUGUUCAGUGAUGUGCUCUACAUGACUCACUGACACCCCGUCUCCCUGGGCAGCUAAGUGGCUCAUUCUUCACCAUUCCAUUACGCAUUCUCUGUAUGCUGCUGUGUCUUAGGGUCUCUGUUUUACACACAUAAAGAGCACUCAUUGUCCGUGUGAUUGAGUUAUUACAGAAACAUACGAGAAAGGGUGUUUGAUCCUGAAACCUGAGGGAGAUUAGUUGUAAAUAAAUAAGUGGAAGUGUGGUUUGGGUUGGCCCAGGGGUCAGCAUUUCACUCUCAAAGCAAGAAAGAUCAAGAACACUCAAUGUGUCCUAAAGUCAAAAAGGAGAAAAGAGUGUACUUAUAUUUUUUGUGCAUGAUCUGCUUCCAGCUGCAAGCUAACAUAUUGACUAUUCAGGGUGUUAAUGUAUGUUCAAAAAUGAUCACCACUGAAUCACACCUGUUUAAAAUUAACCAUCAUCUACAUAAUUGAAAUGACCCAGUAGGGCCUCAGUGUGUUGAUGUGUUCAGUUGCUCUUGGUCUAACACUUCGGUUUCUCUCCAUCUGUCUCUACUCCUGCUUUCCUCCUUCAAUCUAGCCAAGCUGGCCACUCUAUUUAAGGCUCAGAAAAUGCUGGCUCAUCUUUCAGGAACAUUGAUUAGCCACAGGGCGGCUGAAAUAAUUAGUCCCCAGCUCAGCAACACUAGACACAACGUGGGGCUUGUUUCCAAGCAUGUUGAAAUGAUGUAGCAUGUUGAGACUCUCGGUGCCUUUGGGACAGACGACAAGGUUCACACAAUAUUUGAGGCCAUUUCUCUUCUAGGCGUGCACCACAGCCAGCUCUGAUUGGUGGGUUACUCUUCACAUCAGGUCACAUGGAUAAAAAGUAUCUGUUUAUUUAUAUUACAUUAGUUGUAACCACAGUGAUAUCAAGUGCAAAAUGUCUGUCAGAUAUGAGCUCACCAUUUGAUCAUCUCAUUCAUACUGUUGCUCUUUAUUUUAACAACAGUUUAUUAUGAAAAAAUAUUUAAUUGCAUCCAUAUCCAACCAAAAAAGCCAGAAGAAGCCAGCCUCAAUGACUCAAAUCAAUAAAUUGUAGAAAGUGUGUUAAUGUGCGUCAAGGGUUUGGUGUGAAUCACAGAAACCAAUUCUAAAUCAUUAACCCAGCCUCAGCAUUAUUAACAACUUGGAAGCAUUGAUAUUCCCUUGAGCACCUCUAUUUUUGCUAGGACUAAAGAGAAACAUUUAUUUAAUGUAAAAUCAAUGAACAUGACAUGGUAAUUUAUGUGACAGGCAGACCAAUUCAUUUGUGGGUAAGGGAGCUGUUCUAACCCCACCUGUGUUUCACAUUCGGCUCUUUUCACAUAUGUGUGCCGAGCCCCAUUUAUCUGUCUUUUACUAUCCCUAUUACUUUGAUGUUUUAAUAGGUUAUUAUCACUGCUAUAAUAACAGCUUUGGCUAAAGGUAUUCAAAGAUAAUUAUUUUCCAUUACAUUGAUUUAUGUUUCAGGUAUAUCUAUGUGCCAUUAGGAGGAUCACACCACGGUACUCUUUACAAAAUGUUAUCCACCGGCCUUGCAUUUGGAUUUGUCUGCCUCUGGCAUGGCGGCCAUGACUACCUGCAGUACUGGGCUCUGAUGAAUUGGACUGGAAUCCUUGUGGAGAACGGGCUUAAGUCCCUCCUCACUUCAUCUUUUGUUCGCUCCAUUGUUGUAAGUUUGAAAUCCAAGCAAAUACCUCUUGACAAAACAUUUAGUUAACAGAGAUCUAAUCCUAGAUGAACGUAUUUCCACUCACUUAAGAUGCGUUGAAGUGAUGACAUUUUUCCUCUCAGCUAGAAAUAAAGGGGUCAUGAAAUCUGAUUUAAUAGGAGAUAAUAGCUUAAGCUGCUCCAGUAAGUGCAGACUAGUUGAAUCCUGUCACAUCUAAGUGGCAUAAUCAGUUAACACCCAACACUAAUGUGAAGAAAAGUCUCUUGAUACAAUAGAGACGUUCAGGCUAUUCUGGUUUCUUCGGCCUCUAGCUGUAAAAGAAGGUUCUCGUUUUCUAAAUAGUGGUAAAAAGCUGAUGGCACACUGUGUUCUCCCCUAGUUUAUGGUCCCACAGUUCAUUAGUGCCAGGUGCUUUGCCUCUCUUUCUUCCUCAGAUUUAUGAUGAGAAUCUUUUGUGGUUCUCCUGCUUGUGCUUUACUGAUUUCCCAGGAGCAGAAUUUCUCUGCGACAAUGGAAAGGCGUUGCACUGCCCUCCUCUCAGCCUGCUCCACUGCCAUGCUCAUCCUCUCUAAUCUGGUAUUCCUUGGGGGGAUACACGUAGGCAGAAUCUUCUGGAAGCGUGUCUUCAUUCAAGGUAAAGUGACCUCAACAACAAUCACUCAAAAGACUGACGUUUCAGGUGGCAGUUUGUUUCCAAAACAGUUCAUCGUGUAGUUUUUUAAUCAGAAAGUUGGCUGCAUUACAGGAAAAUUCUCUCAACUCACGUAAUGAGAAUCAAGAAUCGUGAACAGUGUGUAGUAAAAUGAUUACAAAUGCUGCUCUUGUUUAGCUCUGAUAUGUAGCAGUAAUAUUGGUGGAGGCUGAGGCUCUGUUUAUUCCGGGUAUCUCUAUGCAUCUGCAUGGGCAAAUAGACAGAGACAUCUGCUUUAUGUUUGUGCCAGUCCCUGUUUUGCUCCCUGCGUCUUUAUUUGGCUCAUUUAGUACCUAAAGCAAGAUGGCAGACCCUCCUAAAGCCUGACUGCUAAUGAUAAGCAAUCUGAGCUGCACUCGCCACUGGGCUGGGAGCAGACAAGCAGAGUCUGUGCCCAGAGCUCAGCUCAGUGCUGGGAUACAUUAAUAAGCAUAAAUAUAUUCAAAGGAUCAAACUUUUUCACUGGCAUUGUCCAAAAAUGGUAAAAUCAAAUGUUUUUUAACCAGCAUUGAUUGUUUUUGUUUUUUCUGGGCACUUGCAAACCAAGCUGUUAACCCUUUGGGGAUAUUGUCAUUGAACAUUGAUACUGGUGUCAGAGAAUUGAUUUUCCUUUUUGCACAUUAGGUAGUUACCGGACAACAUUAAUAUGCUCAUACAUGUUAUUCCAGUUUCAACUUUUCUAUUGUUUUGACUUCCACCUUCUGUGACCCAUGAGACUGAAUCACAUCGGUAGAAAUGCUGACUCUUUAAACCAAAACAAUGACGGAAAAGAUGAUUAAAAACUCUGAUAAGAUGAUCAAGAGUACAGAGCUGGGCGAUCUCUGAAGCUGUGAGUUAACCUUCUGGCAUUAAAGGGAUAUUCCAGUGAAAAAUUAAGUUACGGUCAAAGACACAGUAACACAGAGUUAGACACCCCGUCGAGAGAUGAAUUUUGUCGUUCAAUAAUCAUAAAUGUUCUUCCUUGAACUGCGUCACCCCGCUGUGGUAAUGGAGGUCGUUUGAGGUCUCGCUACAAACAAGCGGCUGCUGGAAGAGAGUAGGUGAGUUGUGUUUAGUCUCUUUGCUACAGAAAUAAGGCAAAGCUAAAAUGAUGUUUGCUGGCUAGUACUGUGGCUGGGACUCUUCAUUUACUGUUAAUGAAGUUAGGUGCUGUUCUGAGCGUUAUUUGUGGUUAUAGAGUGGCUUUUUGUUGAGCGCAUUGCUCCUGAGACUGCUGUGUAUUGCUAUCUUGUGGUCGUUACCAAAGUUGGUAUAACUAGAGAAGCAUGCAGUCGGCAACAUUCAUCUGUCACUAGGGUGUCUAACUCUGUGUUAUGGUGUGUUAGACCCAACUUAAUUUUACGCCGGAAUAUCCCUUUGAGAAGUUAACUGAAUAAAUUGUAUGAAAAAAUAUAGGUUGUGCAGAUCUAAAUAUGACUUAUAUGUUUGGAAACUUAAAGCUUUGUGUAAAAUCUGAGCAUUAACUUGAAGUCAAGCUGUGACUUUCUUAAAAAUGGAUAUAUUCCAGGCACCAGUUAAGCGUUAUUGGGGCAGCAAUAAAUUGCCUGAAAGCCUGGCAGUUUUCAGAGCGAACUACAUACACCCGGGUCCUGUUUCCUGUGCUUCUGACCCCUUUCAUACACACCAUACCAUGAAAAUGGUAUUAAAGAAGUUGGGAUAAAUCUAAAAAUAAGAGCAGAGGGCUGGAAACACACAGUAUCUGCUGUGAAUUAUUGAGAGUGAACGCUAUUAACUGAAGUGAAAUCCCAGUUUGCUUUUACAGCGACAUGUACAGUAAGAGCAAGUACCGGAGCUUACUUAAAUUUUUAAACAGAGCAUUGAGUGGCGACUCAUUAAUUGUGUUCAUUUCACUGAGUGUUUAUGUUGUUGUGUUUUAUUUUGAAAUAUAAUGCACCAUCCACGUAUGCCUGAGGCCUUUCCCUUUUGUCUGCAUGUGUCUGCAUAAUAUACCGGUGAGGGAGAGUCGUGGUUUGCUUCAUUAACAUAAGAUCAAUGCUUCUAAAUCAGCCUGUCUGGAAUUUUUACUGGUGCCGGCAGAAGCGUAAUUGCUCUCUGACCUCACUGGUGAAUAAAAACCACGAUCACUGUCUCUGUCUACAUUCAUAUAUUGACUGAGAAGAUACUUUGUGUGUUACUGAGCUGCAAGCAUGUGUCUGCAUUUUUCUCUGAGCUCUGAUGUGCAACAUAACUACACAGACAUAAUGCUUUUGAUAACUGGAAGUUAACUAGUAGCUGGAUUCAGAGUAAAUACUGUAAGAAAUCUUUUUUUUUUCCAACCCAAUCAUCACCAGUCAAUGCCUAUGCUAUUAUUUUUAAUGAAGAGCUGUACUUAUGUCAAUCCAUUUCCUAUAAAAGAGAAUUUAUGUGAACACAGGAGCUUAAGGGACAAGGACUUGAUAACCCAUUUCAGUGUCCUCUCCACUUUCCUUUCAUUCUUAGGUCCCAAGUUGCUAGUCAGACUGUAAAUGUAGACUCUGCAGACAACCGGAUUGUUUGGCUGUGAUAUCCAAACACCAGAGGCCUGGAAACAUCAGUCCUAGAUAAUCGGCUAUGUGGUCAUCAAACAGUAGAUGACUGAAAUUGCCUCUAUUGCAAUCAUAACCCCAGAGCCCAUGGGCUAUCAUUUGAUGACGGUAAUCCUGGGCAGCAGUCACCUUUGUUGGCUUCAUGAAGAGACAGCAUACUGGAGUACAAGACUUAUUGCUGAGGUUUUCUCUUUUGUGUGUUGCCUUUGUUUACUGUCCACAAGCUAUUUAAGAUGUGAGAAAAAAGUUGCAGGUGAGAGACAGUAUCCUGGAGUGGACUGUGAGAAAUUUGUUAAUGGGCAUUAACGGAUGGUAAAACAUUGGUUGAAGACCAUUGAUGGGGUCUGUAGUUCCCUCACAGCUGAAGUGUUUUACUCCCUCUGUUCUCCUUGUAAAUUGUUUUCCUUCAUAAAGCCAAUGCCUGCCGACUCAAGAGAGCAUUUCCACGCAGAAUCUGUAAACAGAUAGGAUUUCAAUUACAGUCACUACAGGCAAACAGCAUAUAUUGUUGACUACAAACAUUGAAAAAGCAGACAGUAGUGCAUGGUCAGUCACUGCAGUUUGAUAAAAAUGUUUGCUCUUACAGUGUUUAAAUUCAAGAUAAGAUUUUUAUGACUUUAAGAUGAAAUGAAAUGGUAUUUUCUAUACGUUAUAUCUGAUAUAUGUUUUAUAUCAUUUUAAGACCAGAUCAUUGAAUUUCCUUUGCUUCUGAUACGCAAACUCCACUUGAUGUACUAAACUGAAGCUGGUGUGAGAAACUGUAGUUCCUUGAGUGUCCACUUGAGGCCGGCUCCAGAAAUCCAGGAUUCCCAUCAGCACCCAUGUUACAAUGCUAAUUUUUGCAGUAUGAAUGAGCAUGUUAAAAAACGGCUACAAAAAUGGUUUUGGUCUGAAUACCCCAUUUCUUUUUUGACAAACACUUUAUAGGGAUGAUUUUACUUAUUAUUCAUCCAUCUGAAGGAUACGAAGACUAAGAGUUCUGCAUAAAUUCUGGCUGCAUGGCUGAGUAUACAAACAGGCAGAUAUGAUAAAACUGCUUACAAGAUGGCUCAGCUUCACCUCUUUGUCUGUGGAAAGGCUGGCUAAAUGUUGUGCUAAGUCAGCACUUCUAUUUAUGGUUACAAAACCCCUCAACCCCUCUCUCUGGGAUCUAUUUUAUACAGUCCAUAAAUAAAACUGGUAACCUGAAAAUGUGCAACAGAUUAAGCAAAGCUUUUGUACAUUAGUGUGGUAGCAUUUGCUAAUUAGCACCAAAAAGUACAGUUGAGGCUUACAGAGAAAGUGUUUAGACAACAUCUAAAAUAACAAGUCAAAACUCUGACCUGGUGAUGGAGCUGGACGGAAAGCUUAGCAUCACUAGAGAGAUAAUGCAUCCAUAGAGCAAUAUGACGGUUUGUUCAGUUCAACAGAGAGACAUUAAUUGAAACAAAUGAUAGAUACAACAAAGACAUUAAAUUUAAAACCAUUUGUGAACGUCGUGGUGAUGCCAGAGGGAAAAGCCGCCAAUGUUGUAAUAAUUCAUCGUUUUGGUGCCAUGAAUGUCAGUACACAGAGUUGUAAAAGAUCAUCCACAUUUGCUAUCUUACUUGAGUUGUAUUUUAUUUCAUCGUCGCUGGUGAUUGUACAAUAAAGGAAAACCAAAACCAUGUUCGGUCAUCAAUAGUGUGUCAUAUUUGGUUUUGGUUGUUACUUCUCUGCACUUCUUGGCCUUAUCUUCUUAUUUGAGCUCAGAACCUCAUGUUCACUGAAUUACAAAAGAAGCUAAUGUGUAAUUGAAGCACUUGUUGAUUAGAGUCGUAGCAAUCAGCUGGCAGAACUGGGUUAUUCAUUAUAAUUGCAAUUUUUCUCAUCUUUUACUCUUUUCCAUUGCUUCAUAAUUAGUCAUUUAAAGCAGCAGAGCCAGUAAGACAGCACUGAUCCAUUAUCAAACGUUUAAAACUUAAACUUACUCACAUUUGUCUGACUUCGUUAAUGUUCUGUUUUUCACUGUUAGUAUAGAGAAAGUUACAGCUAGAGUGGGAUCACUGCUGGGUGAAUAUAUGUCACACUGAGAGCGUUAAUGAAAUUUACACACUUGCCAAGACUAACACCUUGGGAUGUCUUGGCAUAUUGACAAAAGUUGUACUGGAGUUUAAUCUAUUUGGCUCAUCAGAUUCUUUUGUAAAGAAGGUCUCUGGUUUAGUGUUUGUCUAAUUGUUUCCUAAUCCCAACAUGAUGCAUGUCCUUCCCUAUUCCCUCCUUGGAUGUCAUGUCUCACACUAGCUACCCAUUACUUGUAUUUUUACAUUCUCGACUUUUGCGUUGUCCAACUAUCCCCAAACUGGUUCUCCCAGUGUUAGCCAAUGCAUCCUUUGUCUUAUGCAGACGGAAAACUGUCAGUACAGCUGUGCAUAAUGCAGUCCAUGUGUAAGUGAAUCAGAUUUUGACAUGAAUAGAAGAGAAUAGACCAUUGAAAAGCAUUGUGAGUGCAGGUGUGGGUUACUGAGAAAAUCUGGAGAGAAGCCAGUUUGGGAGAAGCUGCAGACAGCUGUCCUUACCUGCCUGCUCGACUCUCUAAGAAGCAGCUAUAAAUAGAAAGAGAGAAUAAUCAUAAUACAGCUCUGGACAGCAGAAACCUUGCUCCUAUUACCUCUGCAACUGCUGCUAUGUAGCUCUGGAAAAAAUGCUGUCUUGGUAGUAGUUAUCUGAAAAUCAGAUGGAAAUAAUGGUCACUUUGCAGCUACAUUUAAUCCUAAAUCUGUAUUUUUCUGGAUGAAACCCAAAUGUGGGUUGAAUUGAAUAAAGGACUGAAUCCUCUGUGAGUCUGCAAACUAAUCUUUAUCUAAAAAAGAGUCCAAAUCUGUCUAAAUACAGUCAAAGUAAAUCACCUCUGUGUUUUCUAUCUGAUUUCAGGCUGGUCUACCAUACUCCCACCAAUGCUGGCUUUCCUCUACUGCUUUGCUCAGAUCGGACUGGAGUGGACUUCUUACCCGCCAUGAGUCACCUUGACUUUGUUUGGGAGUGUGAAUCCCUGCCACUGGACAACCACAACAGCCUGCAGAGUCCACUGCCUCCGUCCUCACCAGCUUGAGAGUCUGUGGCGAACCUGGCUUGUGGCCCCAGAAUCUGUCCAAAAGCUGGCUGGAGUGAAGCUGAGCAGCCACUUUUCACAUCCUGCAAAAUCUGUCUGUAAGCUAAAACCCUUACGAAACUCUCAGAGGAGAGAGUUUCCUGUACUUGGGUGAAAUUUAAGUGCACACGAACUGCAAAAGAAUGAGUCUAAUGCCGUAAAUUCAAGGAAGUGUACAUAAGCAGUCUUUGCAGUUCAGUUUCAAGGCAUGUUUACAACCCACUAAGCCUUACUGAUUCACCAUUAUUCUGAGAAACAGUAAAAGGAAAUAUAGACGCUGAAUCUGUCUCGGUUAUGUGACUCUGAUAAGAUAUUGCUCAGUAAGCUGGCGAAAUGCUAAUUCCAUAUUUACUGUCCUUUAGCUCGACACAAAGGCAGUUGUGUAUUCAGGUGCAGACAAUAGGCUCACAGGGCUGAAUAGAGCCCUGGGAACCUGAUCAAUGUCAUUAUUUCCUCUGCAGAGGCAAUUUAGACAAAGUGGAAUGAAACUAAUAUUUGUAUAUGAAUUAUUCCUAAAGUGAAAGAAAGACUACACAGUAUAUUUGAAUUCAACACAUUGACUGAUGACAUUAAUCCACUGGAGAACAGGUUAUUAUUAUUAUUAUUUUUUUUUUACAUCCGUGCAAAAAAUGCUAAACAAAAAAACAGACUUUAUUAUUUCUAAUCAACUUUGUGUCUGCAACUCCUUCAAUCUUAAGAUUCAUCCAUGCAUUCAUUAAAUCCUUGUAUUCAAAAUAAAAUUAUAGAUACCCAUCAAUACAUCCACUGUUAUGCUGUGUAAGAAAUCGACAACCUUUUUGGUAGAAAAGUUGUUAAAGAACUUUUAUUAAGGGUUAAUGAUAAAACUGAGAAAACUAGGAACAAUUUGCAUAAAUGGACAAAAUGCAAAAAUGUGUUCAUGUCUUAAACAUCUCAUAUCAAGUCUGUGGCACUGAUCUCUCAGUGCUCCUGGACUGUUGCUCUUCAAAAAUAAUCCAGUAAUACUUAAUUUAUUUGUUUUCAAACUGAAUGCCUUUUUGUGUUUGUUACAGAUGCUAGUUAAUCAAGUUUAGAAUCUAUUUGUUUCUGACUCUUUUUAACCUCAGUGAAUAUGUUCAUACUGACAAUAUGUGUCAUACAACCAUUGAAACUGUCGCUCUGUGAUCUAAACACUUCAUUGGACCUCUGGGCUGUACCAAGCUUUACCAAGACUCACUAAAAUUCAUUGCGGUCAUUUCACUUAACCAUCCAUUGGUGGAUUUUUCAACUACUUCCAAUUAUUUUGGGGGUUUCUGAACAUGAAAGCAUUUACUGGUGUUAAUUUGCACUGGAAGGGAAUGUCCAUUAUUGACCUGAACAAGCAAAAAGAUCAUUGUAAUAAUCAAUAAUAUUGCAUUGAUCAAUGAUAAAAGAUACAAAUUUGCAGAUCCUUCAUCUUGAAACUGCUCAAGAGUGAAUCGGAUGACUUAAAGUAGAAGAAAAGGUUUUAGCUGUUUGUCCAGCGAUGGUUAGUUUGACUCCAUUACUUGGUGUUAAUAAGUUAUCGCAUUUAUAAGUGUUUGUGUCUACUCUUAACAUUUCAUAUCACAACAAACAUGCAAGUUUUAUCAACAGUUUUAUUAAGACAAACAGUUAUGUUUUAGCAAGGACUAAAUACGCUGCUUUAAUGAGCUUAUCUGUGCUUUAUUGUGUCUUCUGAGCCUAGAAAGUGCCUUUCUGCAAAAAGAAAUCUGAUCCUCUUACUAUUCAAACUGCACAGUAAGGAAAGCAAACAGCUUCAGGAGAUGGCAUCUGAGAAGAUUAGUUUAAGAAUAUGUUAAUUUUAAGUCAGUGGUGCCAUUGCUGAAAUUUAUCAUUUACAUAAAACUCUCACGUUGCCUUUGGCCUGCUGCUUUUUUUACUUUCCUGCCAUGACAACUGAGAGCUUCCAAGGUUUAUUUGUCUGGGUUCUCAAUCAGUAAUCUGCCUUACCUGCACAGGUCUGCGGUUUUUAAUUUGGUCAGUAUUUGAUUAAAAGGUUGAAUAAUUAAUUGGCAGAUAAGUGUGUUAUCUGGAGUUUGUUUUUCUGGAGUGUCUUCAUUUGUUUAUAUGCGUUUGCUCAGGAUUAGUACACCUUGAGAAGCAUUAGAAAGGAUCAUUGUGGCUGAGGCCUGGUGGGGCCCUAAGACUGUGAGGUUUAUCUCAUGUAAGAAGAUCAGCUGGAGAAUACACCUGCUGUGUUACACCUUCAAGAUAAUCCGCCAUGUCAAAGAGACUAAAAGCACACAGACGGUACAUUGCAUCCCCCAAAGACAGCAGACAAGUGUACAGUAUGUAUAAAAUAUUUAUUUUGAAUAGUACAGUAUGUUACUGUUCAAAACAAAGAGUCAUCAUUGUGCUUGAAAUAGUUAUAUUUCUCAUCACGUGGAGUGUGAACAAAGAGGCAUGUGCAUAAUACAUUAACCAUUCAUAAAUUUUUAUACUUUUCCUUUAGAAUCCAAACACUGCAAUAUAUUUGUGCAUAUAUAGAUUUAAUAUAUGUGUGUAGGGUAUAGCUGUUUGGCAGCUAUGUGGAGCUGACCACAAAAAUACUUCUGUUCUAUGAAACAGUUUCAUUGAGAUGGUAGUAAAUUAGAAAUUGAACUCUAGUUUUCUCACUGCAGGCCUGGAAAUGGGUCGAUACGAAAGGCACAGUGUUGCAUGCGUUUAUUCAAAUAAGUGACUUCAGGUAAAAGUAACGACAUGAUAAUGACAAGUUUGGUGAUUGGACCUUUCUGUAUAAAUGUUGCAGUAUAUAGCAACAUAUUGCUUUUAAGGGUCUUGUCUGAGUGUUUUAGCCUACUUCUCAUUUUAGUAACACAUCCACACUGUAUUGCUGAGAAGUUCUGCCAACUGAGACAGGUAAGCAAAGACCUCAUUUUUUAUCUUUUUAGUUAUUUAUGUAUGAAAAUCUCUCAGAUGCUGUUCCUGUCUAGUUAGUUUAAGAGGUAAAGGGAGUUAAAAAAAGAACUGUGUAUUGACAGUGUAAAAAAUACAAUACACAUUAAUACAAAGGAAACACAUAUUUGAAAUCUUUUCAGCUGAAACCAGUUAGUUUAUCAUACUUUUGGAUGAGCUUGUUGAAAAAUAAGGUGAUCUGUCUGUUUUAUAAAUCAGCUUUGGCAAUACAAGUCUUUCAAACAUAACCUUGCCCUUCUAGCUUAAAAACAAAGAACUAGAAAUAUAACAUAUUUCUAUUUUUCUUUGUGUGAAAAAAACAUUCAAAAAAAUAAGGUAAGACUGAGCUGGUAAAGAUGCUUGCAAAAUAAGUUUCAUUGUAGUUGAAGACCAAUAAACCAAGAUCUCAUCAUGUACUGAGCCAUCCAGUCUCUAAGACAGAAACUGUUUUAUUUCUGUAGUAACCUUUUAUCAAAUACGUUUGUUGAUGAAAGCUGUCAGAUCUUUGAUAAAUGCUGUGACUGCGAUGGCAAAACUUUUAUAUCUUCCUUUCACACAGCUGUCAAAACUCCUCAGUGACACUGCCAAUCCUCUGUCCAUCUAUUAUGACUUUUAAACUCUUGACUCUUUUCUGUAGUGGCUGUGUGAACUCUCUUACAGGGAUAUAAAUAAGUGUUUUUAGUGUUCUUCCUCUCUCCAAGAGCAGCUUGUUUGUAAAAACUGCCCCAUAUGGCCCCUCAAACACUGGCUCCUCACUAGAGGAUUUCAUUGCAGUGAUGACUCUCACAUUUAUUUUUAGUGAGCUGAAUUUUUGAUGGGAGUGAAUGUGUUGGAGAGAAAAACCUUUUCACCCUUGACUGUGUCCAACUCUGCUCAUCUUGAUAAGAGUGGAGGCGUGCAGGAAACAUAAAUUAUCCAUUUGAAUAAUAAAUAAUAAAAAGAAAUAGUUAUUUUUUUCUGUCUCUGUCUCCUGAAGAAAGAAAGAUGCUUUUGCAGAAGUGUAAAACUUUGACUGGUGAUCUAAAUAGAAAAUAAUUAUCGUUUCUGUUAUGGGCAGUGUAUAAAUGAAUUCCAGUGUAACAAUACUCUAGUACAUUAGUGAAUAUUAAUGUGAAGUGUUUUCGCCAGUAGGCUUGCAGUAUUUCAUACAUUACUGAAACUAUUUUUUUGGUCAUGUAAUCACUGUAUUCUAUUUCCCAAUCAGAAAGAAAACUAUUUAUAAAGAAAAAAACUGAAAAUACGCAAAAUUAUUUAGUGUUGUUUUCUCAAAUUAUAGUUUAUUGUAAAAAUUGUAACAAUAGUGACAAAAGGUGUCACGCUUUCAUGACAUCUUCAAACACUUGCCAAAUUUCCAGGACAACUGUCCAAACCUUUAUCUUAAUGUGCAAACCCCCCCCCCAAAAAAAAAAAUAAAAAAUAAAAAAAUAAAAUAAAAACAAACAAACAAAAAAUAAUGCAAUAAAUUAAAAUAAAAUAAUAACAAUAAUAAAUAAAUAAAUAAAUAAAUGAAUAAAUAAAUAGAAACUGUGAUUGAAACAUUUUUUAAAAAUAAGCAAAAACUCAAAUUCAAGGAGCUGGGAUGAUGGUUUCAAAAGAAAGAUAACUGUUCUUUGAACAACCAUUAUAAACAUGGAUAUGUACACUUAAGUACAUGGUGUAAGUAAAUGUACUUUGUGACAUUACAUCUCUGGUUCAAGAAGAACAAGAAUGACCGCUGAUAUCUUAUUAUAUAGAUUAUUAUAUAUAGAAAACAAUCUAUUAAGGUCCUCAGUCUUAGUAGUCUGUAGCGAUCCGUCAAGCAGUUCAGUUUUUUUUCUAAACUGCGUCAUAGUUACCAAAAAUAGACAUAGUUUAUUUUUUUAUCAGUGUGUUAACAUUGAACACACAGUUAUUGCUUGUCUCUUACUUGAUGGUUGAUAUAGCUCUUCUAAUUGACAGUUCUUUAAUUAAACAACUUAAGAGUUUGGUAAUCCCCCCACCCCCCUCCCCCAUUUUUAAAUGUAUCCAUCCUUAUAUCUAUCCUUUCUUAUAUCUAUUGACUCAUAUAGUUGUCCUUCGCACCACCCUCUUACAUUCAUAUACAGAUAUUUAUUUUUGGUAAACAGUUUGAUGUAAACUGGGAAACUAGGGCGAAAGUGUGUAAGGGUUAUUAUGUGAGUCUGUGUCCUUACAGUAACUUAAAAGCUAAAUCUAAAAACAAAAGCUGAUUUUCAAAAAUAUUUUCAAUCAUACAUUUCUUUUGUAAACUGCUUCCUCUGUAAACUAUGUUUCAGCCCAUUUAUUCUCCUUUUAUGAAAUGUCACAUAUUAUAAGGAUCUUGGUUGUCUGCUCAGUUGACUCCCACUUCAAAAGUGCAUUUAGGGGACAGAUAAAAGCUGCAAGCAAGUUGAUAUGAUAUCCAAACAUCGGUCUCAGACAAAGCAAUCACAUUCCUGAAAGAGAUCGUCUGCAUAGGAAACAACAUCCCUAAACUUUACAGGUUGUACUUUUGCCUCCUACUCUAAGGUGAACCUGCAUUACACAGUUUCAUUGGAUGAUGUUAUUUUUUCUUGAAACAUAUAUUACAUCCUGCAUGCUUAAUGUGAGAAUGCUCCUCAGCAGACAAAAAAGGGCAAGAAAUUAUGGCUAAAACAAGGUUUCAGUGACUAUCUAGAUAUUAUAACAUGAACAAGCCUGUUCUUUGAUUUCAUUAUUUUACAUUCAUUUAUUUUAGAAAUACUGUGUAAAGGUCAUUCCAGCCAAUAUUUACUGAAGGACACCAUGUUGGGCUCUCAUACAGAGUAUCAUGUGUGUGGUAGUGCUGUAGUUUUAAUACAUAUGGAUUACUAAAAUGCAUGUCUGUCUUACUGCUGUCAAAUGACUUGCAUUUGUCAUCAUGCUCAUCUGCCCACGGUUUAUGGAAAAAUCAGCUCUCUGUAAAAAUCUGAUUGCAUGGCCAGAGUUAUCUGUUGUAUAAUUCAUAACCAUCCUGACAGUUGAUAUAAUAAAAGACUUAAUCAAUUGCUUUAGGAAAUCACUCUGUAAAUGUUUCAACAUCUGCAAAGACUGUCCUUUCUCACUGUCACUGUGAAAUAAUGUAAAUGACUUGCUGCCUGGCCCCUAUAAUCAAAUAUGCACCAUCGUCUGUGUGAGGGACAUGACUACUUUAUGUGGCAUGCAAAGAGUCUCAUAUAAAUGAUUCAAUAACAAACCACUGGGUCAUGCUGUUCUAUAAGACUCUUGCAUUACAACAAGGUCCUGCUGAGACUCCUAAAAUCUGACAUAGUCAGUAGAUUCUGGACUGCAAGCAAAUCAUUCAGGCUAGUUUCCAUUCAAAUACAAUGGAAAAAUACAUCAAACCUAUGUACAAAUCUUGCAUUUAAAGUUUUUAUGUAACCUCAGACACCAAGAGCUGGACUAUGACCUCGCCUUCCAUUGCUUACCAACGGGUACACCCCUACACUGGAGGCUGGUGUGUCCUAAAGACAGCACUGUCACCUUUUGUAGAAGGUGUAGCUUCAGCUAGCCGAGUAAUACUGACAUUACUGGAUUACAGCUGAGUUUAGACUUCAUUGUUUUGGAUGAGCCACCCUUCAAGAGAAGAAUUCCUCUUUGUCCAUUUCUGGUGAAGCAGGUCGAGAAACAUCAAAAAGAGGCUGCGGUGAGCCAGGACUCAAUUUCCGUUCUUUGAGGAGGUUAAGAGCUUCUGUGAGUUGUGCCUCAAGGCUGGACACUCGGACACCCAGGCUCUUUAUGUCGUCCUUUAGCUCCAGCUUGAGCUCCUGAAGUGAGGCCUGCAGAGUUUGCUCUGGGAUGGGGUAGAAGGGAUGCCUUGUCUCCGGAGGCUGGACGGGGCUGCGGUCCUGUGGCGUCAAACGGCAAUCGCCCACUUUGUCCAGACGCAAGUCACUUUUUGUGAUCCCACUGUCACAUGAGUCCGUUUUCUUUAAAGACAUCUGAGAAUCAAUCACCUUGGUCCGUUCAGGUAACGUCUCCAUGGAUUCAGCUUUGGACACUUGAUUCCAGUUGUCAGCUUUGGCCAUGGACUCCUUGAAGCGACCCCAGCCUUUAGCUUUGGGUAGUUCAGCAGCACGGCCUCCAACCAGAGAUACUGGAGCUGGCACUUGCAGCUUGGACUUCUCUGAGGGAGUACUGAUGGGGGGAGUUGAAGAUGACGGCGUGGAUGGUGAGGGUGUAGCAGGGCUCUCUGUCACAGUUAUGAUGCUGGUGGUUGUAAUGGCUGUGUUAGCCAUUGGGACAUCCACAUACAUGGGCCCUUUUUCAAUGUCCUGUUCAUCAAGUUCUGGUUUGUCGGUCCCCAAGCGGGCCUCCUUCUGUUGUCGAAACCGCUGAAAGAGUUUCCGUACUGGGUGAUCUGGAGGCAGGUUCAGAGGGGCUUCAUUUUUACGUCUCUGUCGCUCCUCCUCUUCUCGCUUCACAUCACUGAUCUUUCGGAAGACGAUCUAAAAGAGGAUUUAAAGAUGACUUCAUCAACAUGGUUACACUCAUCACUUUAUUGAUUCUAUGGUAACUCGACCUUUCACGAUCAGUUGUGUCAUUUAAAUAGAAAAUAAUAUUACAAAACAAUUGAUUCAUCUUCAGUUGAUUGAACAGGUGCACUGACUAAAGACUGUACAGUCUGUGAGAGUACAUUGUUUCAAAAUGUCUAUGCCUCCGAAAUGUCACAUCAAAUAGGCAAUUCCCACGACACAAAGGGAAAGUUCACAUCCUGC